AUGAACAAAAAUGCACUUAGUUUUUGUCUUUAUGUUUCCUGCUUCAAUGAUAAUAUGUUCUUUUGGAUCCUCAAGCCAAACAAAACUAUAGUUUUUCGACGAACGAGACUCAAAGAAAGUGCAGAUAAAGUGUUUGGAAAUCAGACAUUUGGUGGCUCUCUUGAUUUACGUCAAGACCAAUGCGAAGAUCGAUCAUUAUUUUCAUGUGUAAGUUCCCCUCUAUCAUGCAAACAAUCUCAUAGUGACAGCUUCGAAUCUUUGCGUCUUAUCGAAGAAGAGGAAGACGAAAAUCACGACUCUAAACCUUUAACCCUUGCUGAUGGUUACAACAUGAUAGUCGCUCCUGUAGCUGACUUACUCCAAGAAUCAGAAAUCAUUAUUAUACCGGAUAACUUGUUGUAUCCUAUUCCUUUUGCUGCUUUAAAGGAUGGUAAUGGAAAGUAUUUAUCGGAUACUUUCAGGAUUCGCAUUGUCCCUUCCUUGACGACUCUUAAGUUGAUUCAGCUCAGUCCAGCAGACUACCAUAGUAAAACCGGUGCACUGAUCGUAGGGGAGCCAGAAGUUAGUGAUGUAUACUAUCGACGAAAAAUUCUACAGUUAAACUCACUGCCUUGGGCGAGAAAGGAAGCAGAGAUGAUUGGGCGACUGCUCGGUGUUCAACCAUUGCUUGGAAAGGAUGCAACUAAGCAGGCAGUCCUGGAAAGCAUGCGUUCAGUAAGUCUCAUUCACUUCGCUGCUCAUGGUUAUGCCGAACGUGGAGAAAUAGCUCUUUCCCCUAUAAGCUCCCGCGGAACUCCACACGAAGAAGACUACUUAUUAACGAUGGCUGAAAUUUCACAAGUUCGACUAACAGCCAAGCUGGUUGUCCUUAGCUGCUGUCAUAGUGCAAGUGGUCAGAUUAGAGCUGAGGGAGUUGUUGGAAUCGCUCGAGCAUUUCUAGCAUCGGGUGCACGCGCCGUGCUGGCAGCGCUGUGGGCUGUAGAGGACGAAGCUACCAUGUGGUUUAUGAAUCGUUUUUACGAGCACCUUGUUCGUGGUGAAAGUGCCAGUGAAUCUCUUCAUCAGGCCAUGAAGUCGAUGAGAGAGACUGGCUUUUCUGACAUCAUGCAGUGGGCACCCUUUAUGCUGAUUGGAGAUAAUGUGACAUUGAAAGGUUUGUAUUUGAUAUCAUUUUUAGGUUUUUUAGUUAUCUUAGUUCAAAUUUGUGAAAUUGAUGUUCGUGACGCUACACAUCAUUUUGAAAAAUAUCAUUAAGGAAGUUAUACUGAGUUUUCUUAGUUUUUUUUUAUUUAUUGUCUAUUCCAACCCUGUUCAUGGAAGUGAGGCAACUGGAGAGAAUGCCGAAUUUAAUUAUUUUCCGAUUUUUAAGGAAUAUUUCGUAAAGCAUACUCGAAUCUCUAAUUAACUAACAUGAAAAUGUAAAAAAACGAUAUUUGAGAUUACAAAGAGCAGACGAAAACAAUUUAUUUAUAUACCAUACGAUUCCAAAAAUAAGCCCUGGGGCUUAUAUUUUACGAAGGUCCUUUUUGAAGGGCCUAUUUUUGGAGGGGCUUAUAUUCGGAGGGGCUUAUCUACGGAGGGAAAUGUGCGUUUCAAAAUCGAUUGGGCUAGCCUUAUAGUUGGAAGUAAAUUAAUCUUUUUGUUUUGUUUUACUUUGUAUUUGAGGGCAAUUUUCCAAAGACAAGCCCUGGGGUGGAAGGGAGGGGGAGGGGGGGGGGCUUAUAUUUGGAAGGGCGAUUUAACGGAGGGUUUUUUGCGUUACCGGUUUGGGGGGCUUAUUUUUGGAGGGGCGUAUACAUGGAGGGGCUUAUUUUCGGAAUUUUACGGUAUCACAGAGAAGAGAAGUAAGUGUUAAACACACUUUUUCUUGAGGGUGUACAUGAUAAAAGAAAAAAUGUAGCCUGUUCCAGGCUACAUUUCAGGCUCCGCACGCCUUUCACCGCUUCAUCCCUACUAUCUGAGAGCCUGGAACAGGCUAAAAAAAACGCUGUUAGUAUUUUUAGUCUUAAAAAGAUUCAUCCUCAGGGAACCAGAGAUAGCGCAGAGGGUAUACGUAUUAAUUACCGGUGGGCGAGAGUUUGAAACCAAACGGGAAGAUUACCUGGGCACUUAAUCUAACCCAAGCAGGUGGAGAAGUAUUUGAUUUUGCAACUUUUAUUUUAUGCAGGUAUUUUUCUGGCAAAUGAGCUAAGGCCAACUCCCUUGUCGAUUUCGUGUGUUGUUAAAAGGAGGUUUUUUGUCAUCAAUCGCCUCUUUUAUGAUGCUUGUUCCGCUGAGAAGUCGAAAGAUUUAAUAUGCCCCCAAGAAAGUAUUCAAUUCGAUUCGAUUGGGUUUUACAAAACGUUUUGCUUUAGUUCUCUUCGUAGUCGCGAUUUUGUACCAGAGGAGAUGGCUGAUAUUCUGGGCAACCAUUGCACAGGCUUCUCGGGCUGCUCGGGCUGCAAGGGAUAGCAUGGUUGGCUUGAUAUCAAUCUCCUGCUUCAAGCUAUAAUCUAAUCAGUACACAAACAGCAAACGAAUCCAAGGAAUUUGAAAUAAUGUAAAAUAUUCUCACUGCAUACAUAAUUGGCCGGUGACGCGGGAAUUAAGUAACUCUUUUAAAUUCCGUGGUGUUGGGCCUGCGGGCUCGUGGCAUGAUGCAUUGCGGCCCUUGGUUAGAAUUGCUUAGUUUUUGCCCGCCUCUUGGCUAGUUCAACGGGGUUCAGUGGAAGUGACUUAGAAGUUUCGCCCCUCUUACAUCCCCUGGUGGCGCUUGACGUCGCUUACUCUCAUUAUUCGGCAUGCCUAUUGUCCUGGCAGUCGCGGUUGCCUCCCACAAUUUAGUUCUCCGUGUCGGAACAAUAGGUGUGCGGUGCGAAUAUUAUACGUAUCACAUUUAAGCUGAAAGUGAUACAAUAUGACUUUACUGAAUUUUUAGCAUAGAAAUGAUUCCUCAAAAUGUAAAGGUUUUGUUACUUGUUUGCCUUUAAAAAAAUCUGUGCCAGAUAUUUAGGUGAAACAUUUAGCGCAACGAGCAACAGAAACAUGUUGAUCGAUGGUUAAAAUAAAUCGUGCAAAGAAUACAUACGAAAAGGAACCCUCAUGAUUAGUUUCUUUUUAUUUGCAUCGCAGGUGCAUUUGAUAAGAGCAGUUUGAAAGAUGGCGAAGGUGCAACGGAAACAAAGAACUUGUAA